AUGGCCGACUUGAAACCAAUCACCGCGUACGUCCACGGUAUGUAUUUGUUCCAACUACAACUUAAAAAUUUGGCCGAGGUCACAUAUCUAACAUACAUUCACAUCUUCCAGAGGGCGGACCCAAUCCUUACAAAGUCAUCAUUGUCCUAGAGGAAUUGGGAAUUCCCUACGAGGCCGCGGUUGUGAAAGACCCGAAGGAGCCAUGGUUCACUGCUAUCAACCCUAAUGGUCGGUUGCCUGCAAUUGUUGACCCAAACAGUGGCAUCACUCUCUGGGAGUCCGGUGCCAUUGUCGAGUACCUCGUCGAGACUUAUGAUAAGGAGGGAAAACUGAAUGUGGACGAUGUCGCUGGGAAGUGGCAUCUCAAGCAAUAUUUACACUUUCAAAUGUCCGGCCAGGUAAAGCCCCUCAUCACGCGGCAUUGAGGUGAAAUAUUUCCAAUACUGACAUGUUCCCGCGUAGGGGCCCUACUAUGGACAAUCAAUGUGGUUUCACAGAGCCCCGGAAGAUAUCCCUCUGGCCAAGAACCGAUACAACGAGCAGAUUGUUCGUGUUAUCGAAGUGCUUGACAAUAUACUAAAGGACAAGAACUAUCUUGUCAAUAACAAGCUGUAA